CGGUUUCCUUUGGGUUGUAGGUGAGUCAAGGGCAGGCAUAGAAAAACCCUUUCGAGUGGCUCUUUUCUAGCAGUUUGGCAUCAUAUUAUCAGGACCUUCUUUUGCUGCUCAUCAUCUCCCAUCCAACAGAUUUGUAUAUUUUUUCAAUUUCGCCUUUUUAUUCUUCUUUCUAAGGUCUUAAGCUGCAACAUACUAUAAAUUCAUUUUCAUGGUGAGUGCCGGUUUUUUUUUUUCCUUCACUGGCAAACAGAAGUAUCAGCUUUCAGCAGUGGUUUCCUUUGUGCUGUAGGUGAAAGUAAGUUUAGGUGAGUGAAAGGCAGCUACAUAAAACCCUUUGGAGUGGCUCUUUUCUACCAGUUUCCCAUCAUAUUAUCAGCAAGCAAACAACUUCUUUUGCUGGCUUUCCUCAUUUGUGGUCAUCAUCACCGAUCAAACAAGUUAGUCAGAAAAGUUCUCUUUAACUUACAGCCAUGGACUUUGUUCUGAGUAUGAUUCGUAAACACCUGACUAUGUUUCGUAAACCACUGACUAUGUUUCGUAAACACUUGGAGAAUCAUAGAAGCCUUGUUCGGCGUAUGAAUGGCUUGAAAAGGAAAGUAAUGAAAUUGAAUAGUAUGAAGGAAGAUACAGAUUCUAGAAUGAGUGCAGAGUGGCUGCCAAGAAAGAAACUCAAGAGGGAAGUCCAGUUAUGGUUGGAAAAUGUCGAAAGAAUCAAUGGCGAAGUACAAAACCUUGAUGGAAAAAUGGGUGAAAGCAGUCGUUUUACACGUGGACUUCAUGCAGACGAUGUGUUAAAGAGGAUAAGGGAAGUUGAGGAACUUAUUGAACAAGGCAACUUUCAAGAUGGUUUGGUGGUUGAUGAUCAUCAAUGGAUUGAUCAGGUUUUGCCGACAACAACCUUAUUGGGUGAAGGUGCAAAGGCCUGUGUGGAAGAGAUUUUCCAGUGCUUGAUGGAUGAUGAGGUUGGAAAGAUUGGAGUUUGGGGGAUAGGUGGUGUGGGGAAAACAAACAUCAUGAAGCUUAUAAGCGAUCAACUCUUAAAAGUGACGGGGAAGUUCCGUAGUGUAAUUUGGAUCACUGUAACCAAGGACAAGAGUAUUGUUAAGCUACAGGAUUACAUGGCAAGUAAGAUUGGAGUAAGCUUUUGUGGUGAUGAAGAUGAAAUAACAAGGGCAGGGAUGCUGUUUGGAACAUUGUCUCGGAAGAGUAGGUUUGUGAUGAUCUUGGACGAUUUAUGGGAAGAGGUUUCCCUUGAGAAGUUAGGAAUUCCUGAGCCAUCUACUGGGAGUAAAUUAUUGUUGACAACGCGAUCAUUUGAUGUGUGUCGAAAAAUGAGUUGUAGAGCAAUCGAAGUGAAGCCUUUGGUGGAAGAAGAGUCGUGGAAGUUGUUCUCGGAGAAGGUGGGUCAGGAUAUUCUAAAUAUUCCAGGGGUGGAACCAAUUGCAAAAAAGACUGCUAAGCUUUGUGGGGGUUUGCCAUUGGGAGUAAUUACUGUAGCUGCUUGUAUGAAGGGCAUUGAUGACCUUUCUGACUGGAGGAAUGCACUAAAGGAAUUAAGUGAAUGCAAAGAAAGUGUUAAUGGGUUGGAAGAUGGGGUGUUCCAGCAGCUGCGAUUUAGUUAUGAUCAUUUGAAUGAUCUAAAACUUCAACUUUGUUUCCUCAGUUGUGCAUUAUAUCCUGAGGAUUGGGAAAUUGAGGAGAGAGAGCUUGUUCAACUUUGGAUUGCCGAAGGGCUUGUGGAAGAAAUGGAUAGCAGGCAGACAGAAUUUGACAGGGGUCAUGCAAUAAUGAAUAAACUCAAAAGCAAUUGUUUGUUAGAAGUUCUUCCUAAAACUGAAUAUGAAAGACGUGUAAAGAUGCAAAAUCUUGUGAGAGACAUGGCGUUACAUAUCACAAGUGUGAAACCUCGAUUCUUGGUAAAAGCUGGAAUGGGAUUAAGGGAGCCACCGAAGGUGCAAGAAUGGAGCGAGGAUUUGGAGAAGGUUUCAUUGAUGUGGAAUCGGGAGUUAGAAGUUCUGUAUCCCUUGGAAAUGUCACCACCAAAGUGUCCGAUGCUCACAUCAUUGUUGCUGCCUGGUUGUGGUAUAAAGAGCAUUCCAGAAGGUUUCUUCAAGCAUAUGGAUGGACUCAAGAUUCUUGAUCUUUCUCGGAAUCCUAUGAAGAGUCUCCCAAAUUCCAUAUCAAAUUUGAAGAAUCUCACUGCAUUAUUGCUUUACUACUGUGAUCAUUUAGAGUAUGUGCCAUCAUUGUCAAAUCUUAGAGCUUUAAAGGAGUUGUAUGUUACAAAAACAGCUGUCAAGGAAUUCCCUCAUGGAAUGCAAAACUUGCCUCUCAAAUGCCUAAAUCUAGAUUCUAUAUACAUAGAUGAGAUCCCGAAUGAAAUAUUCUCUAGACCUUCUUGCCUUCAAGAAUUGAAUGUUGGUGGAACAUUGAUAAGUGGGGAGGAGGUAGGUGAGUUGGAGAAAUUGGAAAUCUUUGAAGGGAGGUUUUACGACUUGCCCAACUUGAACAUGUAUCUCCAAGCUUUUCAUGGUCGAGAAGAGCCUCGUCAAUACAUCAUCGUUGUGGGUAAAAGAGAAAGGGAAUGGGAAAUUCAUACAUCAAAAAGGAUUGAAUUAUGGGAUUGUGAUAUCUAUCCCAAUCAGAUUAUGCUUCCACGUCACAUUGAGGAAUUGUAUGUCAUGCACUGCACUUUCUAUGGUCAUGAAGAAUACCCGAUUAUCUCCAGAUUUGUCCUCACUUCACUCGGCACCUUUUCCUCUCUUAAAUAUCUUGUUAUAUGGAAUUUAAAAAAUAGAAAAAGGUUAUUCUCUCCAAACUGUGUGCCGCUAAAUUUACAAGUGCUUGAGGUUUGGAAAUGUAUGCUACUGGAGGAAAUAAUAGCAUCAGAGGAAAGUGGAAGGGUUACCAUGGAAUUUUGUCUUCCACGACUGAAGGAAAUUGUAUUGAAAAAUCUACCUGAAUUGAAGAGCAUUUGCAAUGUUGAUGCAGUAAUGGUUUGUGAAUCUCUUGAAUGGCUUGUGGCACAUAAUUGUCCGAAAUUAGAAAGGAUGCCUCUUAAACUUCCCCAAACCCGAUCAUCUUCAUCUCUUAAACUUUUUAUAAAUCUAGAGCCGAUGGAGUUGUGGGAAUCAAUGGCAUGGGCUGAUCCUGAUGCCAAGUCUCUUUUGAUCCGGAAACUUUGAUGAAUGCAAUUCCAAACUGUAUUAUUUAUUUCUACAUUUUAUGAAUAAGCUUUGAAUAUUUUUAUUUGUAAUCCAACCGAAAAGAUAUAACUUUGUUUUGUAUACAUAAAGUUUUGCUUUUCCAUUCUCUA